CUGGAGGGGGCCGAGCCCGCCUCGGUGUCUGGGCUGGGCCGCCGCCGCCGCUGCCGCCGCCCUCAAUGUGAGCCCGCUCCCUUCCUGGCUGGCUGGCUGCCUCCCGCCCUCUCUGGUCUGCCCUACUCCCAGGCGGGCACGGGUGCGGGAGCAGGAUCCAGAGCCCAGGGCUUCCCCUCCAUCCCCUCGCACUCUCCCCUGUUUUCCCCUCGUCACCCGUUCCCCUCCCUCCAUCCCUCCCAGGUAACCCCCGUCCGACCUGGACCACCCCUGCCCGCGCACACCGACGGCCAGACAGCCAGCCUCUGAACGCCCUGUCCUGGGCCAACAGGCGGUGCCCUCCUUCCUGGGACAGUUGUCCUGCUGUGGCUCAUGAAAUUUGGCCCCAUGAUUCGGAUGUCUAGAUCAGUCCUUCCAGAGGUGGUUGUUUGAUUGGGAAAAAACGAUGCCAUUUCAGGUCCCUGUCAACUGCACAGACACAAAUCGCUGGCUCUGCUGAAUCCCUGUGUAAGAAGACAUUGGCCCCAGGAAGCUGCCCCUGGACACCGCUGAGUGAGUAUCUCGCCUCAGCUGAGACCGCUUCAUUGGCACGUCCUAAGAUGAGAUCAUUUGGAGACAUCUGCUGACUCCAGCUCUGCUUGAACUUCAGAGCCGGCUUAUGGGGCAAGGGAAAGAGUGACCAUCUGUCCGAAACCCGCAUCAAACCAAAUCAGUUCCCAAACAACAAAGCUGCUUUGAUUUGAGGUAGCAUCCUUUGGAUCCCUUCUGUCCUUCCUUGACGGCUUCUCCACACCUUGACCCAGUGACUCCUGCACCACCACAGGAAAUGGAAUCCAAAGUCUCUGAGGGGGGCCUGAAUGUGACCCUGACCAUCCGACUGCUCAUGCAUGGAAAGGAAGUUGGAAGCAUCAUUGGGAAGAAAGGAGAAACGGUGAAAAAGAUGCGUGAGGAGAGCGGUGCGAGAAUCAACAUCUCUGAAGGAAAUUGCCCGGAAAGAAUUGUGACCAUUACUGGUCCCACCGAUGCCAUCUUCAAGGCUUUCGCCAUGAUCGCCUACAAGUUUGAGGAGGACAUCAUCAACUCCAUGAGUAACAGCACAGCGACCAGUAAGCCACCAGUAACACUAAGGUUGGUUGUCCCAGCCAGCCAGUGCGGGUCACUGAUUGGCAAAGGAGGCUCCAAGAUCAAGGAGAUCCGGGAGUCUACAGGUGCUCAGGUUCAAGUGGCGGGGGACAUGCUGCCCAACUCAACAGAGCGGGCAGUGACCAUCUCGGGGACCCCCGACGCCAUCAUCCAAUGUGUCAAACAGAUCUGUGUGGUGAUGUUGGAGGUACAGUCUGUAACAGUGGGGUCCCCACCGAAAGGUGCCACCAUCCCCUACCGCCCAAAGCCCGCCUCCACCCCUGUCAUUUUUGCAGGUGGUCAGGUAAGAGCCGACCCGCUUGCAGCCUCCACUGCCAACCUCAGCCUAUUACUGCAGCACCAGCCGCUGCCCGCCUAUACAAUUCAGGGACAAUACGCUAUUCCACACCCGGAUCAGUUGACCAAGCUCCACCAGCUGGCCAUGCAGCAAACCCCCUUUCCUCCCCUCGGACAGACCACCCCCGCCUUCCCUGGAGAAAAGCUGCCUUUACACUCCUCCGAAGAAGCUCAAAAUCUGAUGGGCCAGUCACCAGGUCUGGAUGCCAGUCCCCCGGCCAGUACUCAUGAACUCACCAUUCCCAAUGAUCUAAUAGGCUGCAUAAUCGGACGCCAAGGGACCAAAAUCAAUGAAAUUCGGCAGAUGUCUGGAGCACAGAUCAAAAUCGCCAACGCCACAGAAGGGUCCUCAGAGCGCCAAAUUACCAUCACAGGAACCCCAGCUAACAUCAGCCUUGCCCAGUACCUCAUCAAUGCCAGGCUGACGUCUGAGGUCACUGGAAUGGGCGCCCUCUAAUUGCUACCCAUCAUCCUUCAUUCUGCAUCACCCGACCCGCUCCAGCCAGUGGCGCUCCACCCAGCUUGUAUUGUCAUUGUAUUGACUGUCCUCCCUUCCCCUCAACCUGUAUAGAGGGUUUUCUUUACUAACAGAAGUAUAUAUUACAUAUAUCUAUAUCUCUCUAUAUAUAUAUAAUGACCACACACACACACACACACACACACACACAUUUCUUUACUAGCUCUCGCCUCUGUCCCUGGUGUUUCCUGAGCUCUUUAUUUAUGCUCCAGGUCUAUCCAUGCUUUUGGUGCACGUGUGGUAUUGAUUAUUUUAAAAACCUUCUGGGGUGGUCCCAUUUGUGCCGUUUCUAAGGAAAGCUUGUCCCUUAAGUGUCAGCCUAGCUUAGAUGUUCUAAUGUUUGAUUUGACAUUUGGAUGCCAUAUCCACUAGAUUAUAAUCUAAUCCAUCCUCUAGAACUAUGGUUGCUUUGCAAUAUGUCUUCACUCUCCAAUAUCCCAUUAUGACUUCCCCUCCCCCACCUCCCUGUCACCCCCACCCCCACCCCCACCUUUGCUUGUCUGGGCUCACCUUCUACCCUCCAACCCAUGUCCUGAAGCCAUGGCAUGGCUUUUCCCUUGUUAUUUUGGAAGUAGAAUGUGUGGGGACCAAUGGAGACCUCCAGACAUCUCCACUGGCGCCCACACAGGAAGGGUCUUUUCCCAAUAUGGCAGGGUACAGACAAGCCAUUGUAGUAUUAAUGAGAGCAAGGGGAGAAAGUCAGGUUUAUUUUUUAACUGGGAAAUUAUUUGCUGGGGCUGGGGUGGGGGGAAUGAAAUGAUAUUAGGAUCUACAGGGACCGCUGGGAUCUUCCUCAAGACAAUAGCUUCUCAAGAACCUUUUCUUUGGAUCCAGCUCAGGACGCUCCAGUCUCUGUGAGCCUGCUGUGUUUGCUGUUGUUUGUACUCAAUAAAUGUCUGUGCAGCUCUGCGACCAAUGAA